AUGUCGCGGAUACUCAUACCACCACCAUUAGAUUCUCCUAGAAUUGUUAGUGAAGAUAGGCGCGCCGUUCACUGUGCGUUCUCGCGCAUCCUCAUAAGCAUCUGUGCCGUCUAUGGCGUUUUGAAAAAUGUUUUGAUGUUCUCCGCGGUGACAUCAUCUGCCGCGAUCUUCGUGCGGAAUCUUGUCCAGACAGCUGCUAUUCUCGAAAUUCUAGCGGGGUAG